AUAUUCGUGUCAAUUUCGGCUGCCCCGCGCGCAGGCACGCUCAGGUCUGGUUGUAUGCGCGUUACCCCGGUGAGGAGGUGGUUAUUGGGGCGACUCAGGCUACGGCAGCGGACGGCGGGCCACGCGGGCCGGUCCUUCGGCGGUGGCCGUUACAUGGGCAUCGUUAGGAGGUCGCCGGGCCCCUGUGGACAAUCAAUGGGGCGGCCGGGGUGACGUGUGUUACCGGCCGCUGCCAGGAGACGGCCGCCGGCGCCGGCCGCACCCCGGCCGCCACCAGCACAGUGAAGCCUCAGCACCGGGCGCACGAGCUGCAGCGGUGCCGGCAGGGCCCAGCAGGCCUUGGUCACUGUCCGCCCGAGGGCGCGGCCCCCGUCCACCACGCCACCAUGAGGCCCGCGCUGCUGCCGACGCUCUGUGCGUUGGUCCUACUGCAGUGUCUGCAGGCGACAGUCUCGGAAGGGUUGACCUCCGACUCCACUGGCACGGUCACCACUACAGAGGAGUCCAGGGACGCGGAUACCAUCGCAAAGGCUUCGGAUGACACAGUUACGACUACAGCAGCGCCCAGUGACGCAGCCACCACUGCAGACGCGACCAGUGAUGCAGCCACCACUGGAGAAGCGUCCAGUGACGCUGACACCACCGCAGAGGCGUCCAGUGACGCAGCCACCACUGCAGAAGCGUCCAGUGACGCAGACACCACCGCAGAAGCGUCCAGUGAUGCAGCUACCACUGCAGAAGCGUCCAGUGAUGCAGCUACCACUGCAGAAGCGUCCAGUGACGCAGACACCACCACAGAGGCGUCAAGUGACGCAGCCAGCACUGCAGAAGCUUCCGGUGACGCAGCCACCACUGCAGAAGCGUCCAGUGACGCAGACACCACCGCAGAAGCGUCCAGUGAUGCAGCCACCACUGCAGAAGCGUCCAGUGACGCAGACACCACCGCAGAAGCGUCCAGUGACGCAGCCACCACUGCAGAAGCGUCCAGUGACGCAGACACCACCGCAGAAGCGUCCAGUGAUGCAGCUACCACUGCAGAAGCGUCCAGUGAUGCAGCUACCACUGCAGAAGCGUCCAGUGACGCAGACACCACCGCAGAGGCGUCAAGUGACGCAGCUAGCACUGCAGAAGCUUCCGGUGACGCAGCCACCACUGCAGAAGCGUCCAGUGACGCAGACACCACCGCAGAAGCGUCCAGUGAUGCAGCCACCACUGCAGAAGCGUCCAGUGACGCAGACACCACCGCAGAAGCGUCCAGUGAUGCAGCCACCACUGCAGAAGCGUCCAGUGACGCAGACACCACCGCAGAAGCGUCCAGUGAUGCAGCCACCACUGCAGAAGCGUCCAGUGACGCAGACACCACCGCAGAAGCGUCCAGUGACGCAGCCACCACUGCAGACGCGUCCAGUGAUGCAGUCACCACCGCAGAGGCGUCAAGUGACGCAGCUAGCACUGCAGAAGCUUCCGGUGACGCAGCCACCACUGCAGAAGCGUCCAGUGACGCAGACACCACCGCAGAAGCGUCCAGUGACGCAGCUAGCACUGCGGAGGCGUCCAGUGACGCAGCCUCCAGCUCGGGUACGGCGGCGGCGGCCGGCGGCCAGAACUCUACUUCGGCUGCCGCGAAUACAACGGCCGAGCCGGAGGACGUGCCCCCGGCAGCGCCGACAGUCUCCAGCGUCAAUAUGAAGGUGCGAUACACCAUCCCCUGGAAUGCCGAAUACGCCAAGAGCAACUCUACUGAGGCGGAGGCUAAGAAGCAAGCUCUGAAGAAUAAUCUUGAGCCGCCGAUGAAGCUCAAGAUUCCCCUCAUGAAGGAGCUGGUGAUCAACAGUCUGACCCAGGGGAGCGUGGUGGCGGACUAUGACGUCAUUCUGAACUCAGACGUGGAGGGCGGCAACGUCGAGGCUGUCACGUCGGCUAUCACGGAGGUCACCGCGAAUGGCACCAUCGGCGAUGACCCUGUAUCAGCGAACGACACCGCAGUCGUAGUACUGGAGUGUACCAAUGAACCGGAGAAGCCCAUGGUCAACGGCAUGCGCAGCUGGAGCGGCAGCCGAGCGCUGAAGACGAUGGUCCUCUACACCUGUCACACGGGCUACACGCUGAAGAACAACGGCCAGUCGCUAGCCAACUUUACCGUCACCUGCCAGCGGUCGAGCGACGUCCUCCUUUUCGGUGGUGUGCCCAGCACUGUGUCGUGCGUGGCGGAUCCCACAACGACAACGACCACCACCACGACCACGACCGAGGCCACGACUGCGGAGCCGACCACCACAGAGCUGACGCGGCCCACGCCGCACGAGACGCCCUACGUGCCCAGCGAGCACACCACCUUCACCAACAGCCUCUUCUUGUCCAUCACCAUCCCGGCGGUGGCUGGCAUGGUUGCGGCUCUCAUCUGUUUCCUGUGUGCCAUUCGCAUCGACAGUGUCCUCUGCAAGGUCUGUGCCGAGGGCAAGGUAUAGGGCACGCCGCACGGCAUGGCACUGCAAGAUCGGCAGGCAGAAAUAGAAGCAUCUCUCGGAUCCGAAUGAGUUUGACCAGAGCGUACAAAGUGAUCUGGCCUGAUGACUCGCUUGUUUGCCAGUUUGGUUCGUUGCAGAUAGCAGUGUUGAUGGUAGGAGCGCAUGUUUUUUAUGUGACGUUUUUCAAACCUUGCAGAAUUUAUUUCACGUUGUUAGGUAUAUGUUAGCAGGUGCGGGUUUACUUCUAUUUAAACUUUUCUGCAUCAUGCAAGCAGCUUUGCGAAGUCAACUGGAUGCAAUACUUUUACGGGGAAUGAAUUUUACCGUGUUAAACAAUUCCUAUAGAUCUGUGAACCUGACGACGUCCGGAGCGCGGUGUGCCGAGCGCACACCACCGGGCGGACAGUGUGGCCGCCGGCCGGGGCCUCCGUGUGUCGCUGGCCGCUGAGCAGUCUCGCCGAAGUGCCUUAGUGUGCCGUGUGCCGACCGAUGCGGUCGUAGCGCUGUGUCGUCCUCGGCCGGCGUCGGCGGCUCGGCCGGGGAGGCGCCGCGGUGGAAACGCCUCUCUGAUACCCGCUGCUGACGGCGCCUCCCACUGCUGACCCCCGACGCCUAGCCGCCGGCUAAUACAGUCAAACGCCAUA